CCUAAACAGACAAAACCCACGUGACUAUAGCGCAAAGCGGGAAAAGAAAAGAAAGAAAAAACAGAGGGGAACGGCUUGAAUCCUUAACGUCAGGAAUAAACGGAACUGAUAAAGAAACGGGUAGAAUAAAACAUCCAGAUCGGUGGGACCAGGAUGAAAGUGUAUUUCUGCGGCAGCAUCUGCGGUGGAAGAGACGACGUUCUGCUUUACGGCAGAAUCGUGGAGAAGCUGAAGAACUUUGGGACCGUUUUGACAGAGCACGUGAGCAGCUCAGCGCUCUCAGACAAAGGUGAGGGUGCCCUUGCAGCAGGACCGAAGUUCAUUCAUGACCGAGACGUGGACUGGUUGAGACAAUCAGAUGUGGUGGUGGCAGAAGUCACACAGCCAUCCCUUGGUGUUGGUUACGAACUAGGCCGAGUCGUCGACAUGAAGAAAAAAGCUUUGUGUCUUUUCAGGCCUUCGUCAGGAAGAGUUCUGUCAGCAAUGAUCAGGGGAGCGCAGGACGGGGACCUCUUUGUGGUCAGAGACUACGCCGAAGACGAAUUGGAGACGCUCCUGGACGAGUUCUUUGCCAACCUGAAACUGUAGUGUUUUUACAUGAUUAAAUAAAAAAUGAUUCCAAAAUGAA